AUGGGCUCAUCUUCAGAAGCUCAUGGAAAGUGCCGCCGGCGUUCUUCGAGGACCUUUGAGACGCUGUUUAAGGGUUGUUCCGAAGGGAAGGAAGAAUUUCUUUCGCCAAUAGCUUCUCUUCCAGAGUGGGAAGCUGUCGAGGUGGAAGGGUUGUUCAAAUCAAUUGCGAAUUAUGAAGACUAUGGUGGAGAAUCCGAAGACGGAGAAUCCGAAGACGGAGAAUCUGAAGACGAGACGGCCAAUUUGCAGGACUACAUGCUUUCUUCGCCGCCGGUUAUGAAAGAAUGGGCUUUUUUCGGUUACCUGAUUGACGAGCCUAAACCAGACUUCAUCAAAAGGGGCUCCGCCCACCUCGAGACUCAUGAGAUGCAGUAUCUGAGAGUGAAGGGGGCUCUCUUAAUGCCAAAUGAAGAGUUUCGGAGAGAGCUUUUACGAGCGUUUAUCCAAAGAGUGUAUUAUGUUUUUCCAAUCCUGAACAUCUUCGAGUUCCUUUCGGCAAUCGUAUCAGAUGAUGGUCGUCACUCCAUCAGCAUAUUGCUUUUCCAAGCGGUGAUGCUUUCUGCAAUUCCUUACAUGAUCCAACUGCCGUCAAAGACUCCUGGCACUGGUUAG